AUUGCCGAUUCUGCCGGGCCUGUAUUGCGUCUGAGUAAUCGGCUCUACCAUUAACCCCCAUUUUGUGCUCAAUGGGCCUCUCAAUAUCUUCGCUGUUCUCUUCUCUGAGCUCUUUGGUUCGAUGGAGUAAGGACCAAGAUGUUCGUAUACUGAUGCUGGGUUUGGACUCUGCUGGAAAAACAACAAUAUUGUACAGAUUACAGAUUGGGGAGGUUGUCUCAACAAUACCAACAAUCGGAUUCAAUGUGGAAACAGUCCAGUAUAAAAACAUCAAGUUCCAAGUGUGGGAUCUAGGAGGCCAGUCCAGUAUCCGACCAUAUUGGCGUUGCUACUUCCCAAAUACAUCCGCUAUCAUAUAUGUGAUUGAUUCAUCCGACCAAGCCCGUCUACCAACGUCACGAUCGGAACUCCUAACAAUGCUUUCGGAAGAAGAAUUGAAAGGGGUACCUCUUCUCGUGUUUUGUAACAAACAGGAUGUGGAUGGCGCUAUUAAGCCUGAAGUGAUCAGCGAAGAGCUCGGACUCGCAGGCGGGGAGAAGUCACGGCCUUGGAGCGUUCGAGGUAGUUGCGCUACGAAAGGGGAAGGUCUUGAAGAAGGAUUAGAUUGGCUAGUGAACGCGAUACAAAAGACAUAGCAUCCGUCAAUUAUUAUUACUUAUACCCUUCUGCGCUCAUGACUUUCUUGCUCCUUCAUGAUUACGAUAUUACGGACAUCACUGCGCACAAUAAUACACAUCAUCAAUAGCAUUCACAACCCCGGGUAAAAGUAUCAAUCAAAUUUUGUUUCGUCCAUGAACAUUGCCAGCAUAGCUUCUGCUCGUAAGACUUUCAUUGGAUUGGUGGCUUUUUCUGUCGGAUGAGUUUUCUCAUCAUCGUCCCUUUCGCUAUCCCUCUCAGUAACGACUGAAGUAGAAGAUCAAAGAGAAGAUCAUCGUAAAGGUACCAGGCAUGUGUUCACCAAGGGCUUACCUCGCGGAUAUUGCCCUUUACAU